AUGUACAGUCCCGGCCACAUCAUGGCUUCUCAGACGCCUACGAGAGCCGGUAGUUGCGCCGCCGACGGUGGCAGUCCAAAACUCUCUGUUCCUUCUUCUGGGGAGCUGGAAGAACAUGAGUCUGGUCCAUCAACGCCAGCACGCAAGAAGGUUGUUUUUAGCAGCCAGAACCUGAGGUAUAACAAAAAGAUCUUGAAGCAGGCCCGUGAGAGGAACAGGGCCAGCAGCGACAGAGGCAGCGGCCGUGCCCGGAGUAGGAGCAGAAGCCCACAGAAGCAGAAACAAGUCGCCUUGGUAGAACAAGGCGACGCGCAUGAACAGUUCAAAAACAAGCUGCAGCCUCGGGGCCCUUCCAAAUCACCAGCUCCUGUUGCUUUUCGGACGGCAUCUUAUUUUGGGAUCAGGGGUGGGCCAACCUAUUCCAGACCAGAGGUAGGAACUGGUCUUCACCAGCACCGGCAAAGCCCUGACAACGAAUCUCAUCUCUCCUCAACAAGCGCCACCAAGAAACGGAACCUCGAAGCCCCCCCUGAAAUCUUCCCAGCUCCCAAACGAAGAUUGCUUCCACAUUUCUUGCGGUCUUCAUCUCCAUCUCCGCACGUGUCGCAUCGUCAAUAUGAGCGCAUCGCCCUCGAAAACAGCGAAGACGAACUUGGUCAACUAGAUGAGCUAGCUGAUCCAAGCCCAAGGCCAACCAGAAGACUCAUUCUACCAACCUCUAGUCCUUCUUGGGCCAGAAAGUCACCAGUGCACCAAUCCCGCUCUCCACAACGACAACGGCCCUCUACCAGCACCGGCUCAACAGCCGCGACAGAUGACGGGAAACAAGUUGCUCGUGCCUCGCAUAACUCCCACGGGCAUGAAAAUGGCGAGCUUCCCUUGUUGGUUUCGAACGCGAGACAUGUCACGCCGCCCUCACGAGCUGGAGUUCCCCGACAUGAAAAGGCGGUCUCUGCGUGGCGGUUGGCGAGCCCACCCAAGGUCAACAUUAAACAAGUGCCUGAGCCAGAAGUUGUCAUGGUAGACAGUGACAAUACCAGCGAUCAAAGCGGCAAUGGCGAUGCAAGGUCAGAAGACGAUUUUCGCAUUCAAGGCGAAACACAGCGGCGGUUCAAAAGGGCCAAAGGGGCCAAGACCGAGCAGGAGGUUAGAGGUAAGCAACCGCGGACAGUGGAAGAGACAGCUAUCCCUGUUCCCACUCUCCCGAAUGGUGAGUUUCGACAACGGGAUACCUGCAAGAGCGUCAAUGACAAAGCUGCAAAGCCAAGCGAGACUAGUCCCAUCACCAUAUGUGGUGAGCGGCAUUAUUCUCAGUGGACGGGCACAUGGGAUGGCGAAGCACGCAGGAUUCCCGGAGCCGGUGCCCUUUUCCCUGAGGGAUACGAACCACGAAUCAAUGAACCAUAUCCAUGGGUUUGUCCAAUUCGGGAUUGUCAAACUGUGUUUCCGGAGGCCUGGGCCCUUGGGGGGCAUUUCAGCGCAAGUCACCGGGCUCUUUUACUCAACGAUAACCGCGAUGGCACCAUGUCCAUUCUCGGGAAGCGAAAACUCCCUGAUCCUAUGACAGGGAGAAUGCCCGCACUGGUGAUCUCUCGCCAACCACUCGAUCCAGCAACUGCCCCCCCAAAAGCACCUCCUCGACAGCCGGGAAGGAGAAUGAAGACGGAGAAAAGAGUUCCCCUGUCCGAUGUGACCCCCAAAAGGCCCAAAGAGACACCGGUGCCAGUCCCUAACCCCUACAACACGCCUGGACGACGGUCAAACAGUUUUCUUGUCGUCGACCUGCCUGCCCGUAGCAACACGUCGUCCAGACAUUUUCAUGUCCCUGAUCAACACGCAAAAAUACCUUUGCAUGACAAGAGCACACCCACCGCGAGCAGUGGCCUCCACUCUUCAAAAGAAACUAGGCCUACUGAAGCACCGAAUACCAGGCCAAGUAAAGGUGGCUUUUCAGGAGCUAGCGGCAGCGACGAAGCCAUCUUCGCUUUGCCCACCCGUAAAUCCUUGAAAGGAAAAAGUGGCGUUCCGGUAUCAUCACGAGCAGCAAGGGCUCAAGUGUCACAAGAAUGCCUGACAAAGGCUGGUGUUGGCGGCACUGCCCAAGGCCUAAGGGAGAGCAUCACAUCCACCAGAAAAUCCGGACGGUUGUCCAAGUCUAUGUCAUUGACACGCCCAACUCAGCAAGCUUCAGAACGUCCUGCCCAAGCUGUCUCGGGGUCCAAGCAUUCGGCAGCGAAGCGGUCACCAUCAACAGCCUCGAAGACCUCCAAGUCAACUCCAGCCUCUGUUGGGGCAAGGCCGCAACGAUCAGGAAUGGGUGCACUGCCAUUGUCAUCUGCCUCUUCUUCUGCCUCUUCCCCAUCGCGGGGAGUUGUACCACCUUACACAAUGUCAGACUGGGAGAUUGCCCCCGGCCGUAUCCGGGUAGGGACGGGAGACAAAUCCGAGAAUGUGGCCGUCUCCUCGACCUAUCUCGCCCACUCUUCGAUGUCUGCUCUUCCUCUGACCCCAACUAUUUCCUUUCAGCUGCUCACCAUCCAGCCGGGAAGCAGUGUCCACUGGCGGCCCUCUACGGCCCCAGGCAGUGUCCAAGAGGAAGAGCCCAGGACGAGGGUUUGUUCGGUUGCCCAGGGUAUCGUCAAAGUGAAGCUCUGUGGUCAGGAAUUUUCAUUGGGCCCGAAUGGCAUGUUCAAAGUGCCAGCGGGGGAAAACUGCGAGCUGGGCAGCGUGUGUUACGGGGGGGCGGUGGUUCAUAUCACUUGUGUAAAUGAAGGGGAAGAGUACUAGCGAUCCAAGUAAUUAGUUGUUUUAUGUUGUACCUAUUUAUGCACGUAGCAAUCUACACCUGAAUUCUAUCUGCCGUCCUGGCAGGUGACUCGACCCAUGAAGCACCCAUUCCCUCCCCCGAAAGAAAAACAACAGAAAAGCAGAGCAAAAAAAAACAACGCCAACCACUCCCAUUAUUCCCGUGUCUUGUAAGAGUGGGUAUCAAACUGUGCCUUUCUUUGCCUCCAGAGCCAUGUCUCUCCCAGGUCGCGUACCAACCAACCUUUGCGUAAUGACAUGGAAAGAAAAACCCAAACGCCCCAAAAUAUGCAUGAUUGUCCUUGACUCGGUCGUGCUGGCUCUCGGCCCGGACCUAACGAAAGAUCUUCCUCCCUCCUGUCCUCGUGGGAAAUCGUUCAACGCCGCUCUGCUGUUGCUGAUGCCAAAUCUGCUGCAUACCGACUCCGCCGCCUUCCAAGCCUGUCUUGUAGCGACGUAUGGCUUCCCUGAUGUGCUCUGGUCUUAGCGGACCACGCCUCUCCUCGACAGGUGCGGCUGUGUUGCUGGCCGUGUUGUCGGCAAGCCCCAGCUGUCCAGAAUGAGGCACACCGCUGCCUUCUCCGGUAGCGGCCGGUGAUGGAACAGCCGUGGCAGGCGGCGUGGGUAAAUCCGUCUGUUUCUCCCCUGUCUUGUCAAUCCACUCCCCUUGCACCCUGCGGGCACUCUCGAUGAUGUCGCCGAUAAAGACCUUGGCCACAGCACGCAUGCCAAUCACAACGUUCUCUGCUACGGACUGCGAGAUGGUAGCAUUGACAAGCUGUAGGAGAAGGGUUGUUAGCAUGCGGACUUGUCCAAAAAGAAAGCGAGACGGGGCUUUUUGCGAUGCUUACUCUCCUCACGGCAGCCUUACUCAAGUUGGCGGCUCGCCAAUUUUCGAAUCUGUCAAAUUGUUCGUCGUUGAAGGCGCCGAUCAACAUACCCCUCUGUCUAUGUUCCUCCUCCUUUUGUUCUUUGGUCAAGGCAGCGCCAGUAGCGGCCACCUCUGUGUCCCCCUCCUCGUCGCCGUCUCCGUCCUCACCUGCACCCCCCGCGGCGCCGGGUGCAGUGCUCUUUCCGCCGGCACCGGACACCACACUGCCGCCAGGGCCAGCAGUUGAUUUGGCGGUUCCGCCAACUACCGAGGGAGUUCGUUCGCGUGCCUUAUCGGCCUUUGACUUGCGGCCGCGCUUCUUCUUGGGGGGGCCGGUGACGCUCAUGCUGACUUGACUGCCCGAAACGUGGCUCAUGGCAUCAAAAUCGACCGAAGGGGAUCGCGCACCAGCAAGGUCGUCUGGCGGGGGGAACGAGGUUUGGCGAAGCGGAUGGGCAGAUCCGGGGAUGGACGAGAUGGACAUGGUGGAGGCUUUGCGUCGUUUGAGAGCGGGCGACUGGACGCUGGCGCCAUCGGCGGUGCGCUUUUUGUUGGGAGUGCUGUUCAUUGCGACGCUGUUGUUGCGAAUGGACGUCGAGGGGGGAGAUGGG